CUGCAAAUAAUUACCACCGGUGCCGAGCAAAUCCUUGGUGGGCAAUUUUACAAUGAACCGGCUCGGCCUGGUCUUGGCCCACUAGUGCCGAAACAGAUUUUCGAAGCAGUUCUGGUAACUCUUUCGGCACCAGUGGGCAAAGCCGGGCCGAGCCAGGUCUCGGGGAACGACGCCCGAAAAGCUGCUUCGACACUAGUUGGCGACGCCAAACCGAAGAUGGCAAAACGUGAGGAUGUUGGUGUGUUCGAAGUGGAAAGCAUUCUUGACUCGAAGGUCACUGGCGGCCAGCGUUUCUAUCACGUGAAAUGGAAGAAUUAUCCGGUGUUGGUCUUAGAGAUUUCGUAUCAUUCCCAGCCACAAGCAAAAUUCCUAUAA